GAAAGUGUGAGUGCUUAUAUUAAUUGUACAUACUAACCAAUAUAUCGUAAAACUGUUUUUUACUUUACGAUGACGAACAACCGGAGGCGAAAUCUUAACUUUACUUAUGUUAGUCCAUUCGUGAAGUACAUGAUAUUUCUGCUCAAUUUCGUUUUCUGGUUGUUUGGAGGACUGUUAAUUGGAGUAGGUUUAUAUGCAUUCGUAGACAAAUGGCAAGCAACUGGGUCUGUUAGAGUGGAAAAUGUGUAUGAUGUGGUCUUGAACAUUUCUCUUGUAAUGGUGAUUGCAGGAGGUGUAGUCUUUAUUGUCAGUUUUGCAGGAUGUGUUGGUGCACUACGUGAAAACACGUGUCUUCUUAAGUUUUAUUCACUGUCCUUAUUGGUGUUCUUUCUCCUCGAAAUGGGUAUAGCACUUGUUGGUUUCAUCUUUCCACAUACAUUGCAAGCAUUACUAGAAGAAUCAUUUACCGAUAAAAUUAUACAAACAUAUAGAGAAGACCCUGAUCUGCAGAAUUUUAUUGACUUUGGGCAACAGGAAUUUCGCUGCUGUGGUUUAAGUCAAGAGGGUUACUUGGAUUGGGGAAAGAAUGAAUACUUCAAUUGUUCAAGUCCCAGUGUAGAACGCUGUGGUGUUCCGUUCUCCUGUUGCAUUAAUGCUACAGACAUAUCAAGUGGUCUUGUGAACAUAAUGUGUGGCUACAAAGUACAAAUGUUGCCAGUCUCUGAAGCGGGCAAGAAGGUGUGGACUAGUGGUUGCAUUGAAAUUGUAAGAAGUUGGGCGGAACGAAACCUUUACACAAUAGCUGGUAUUGCUCUGGGCGUAGCCCUCAGUCAGUUACUCGUUAUUUAUCUUGCUAAGACACUAGAAGGUCAAAUUGAAUUACAAAAAUGUGGUUGGCGUUCCUGAGCUUGACCUCAGGCCACCUACCGCUACCACAUUCAUUCCCCUCCGAGUUGGCAGGUGGCCAGUGG